CCGUACUUAAAUUUAGUCGAUAGAUUUAGUUGAGCUAGCGGCUGUUCACUUUUGUCCUGAUCCGUGAUAAAAUAAUUCGUUUUUAGUCUCUAAGUUGGAAAAUCCUGACAUUCAUUCGGAAUUUUAAACUUAGCUUGAGGGUUGAGGAGUAGCAUGGAACAAUGGCCGGAGAACCUCGAAAGAGAGGGAGGAAUGUGAUUACUGGAAGGAUGAAAAAUGAAGAGAAUUUCACCAGAGAACAUCCUGGCAUCAAUCAUGAUAAUGGAAAGGCUAGUGUGAUACAGCUACAACGUGAAAUCAAGGCUUUGAAAGAAGAGAAUGCUAAAUUGCAGAAGGACUCGGUCAAGUCCAUCUAUGAUCAGCUUGUUUCAGAAGGUCCUGUAGAGCAAUAUGGUGAAAGAAGAGUUAAUCUACUCAAGUCACAAGUUAUACAACUCGAGAGACAGGUGCUAAUGCAAGCUGAGGCUCUCAGUUCUAGAUCUGGCGUUCUUUUUGAAGUGGAGAAUAAUCUUCAAACGAUUGCUGAUAAUUUCAGGGAGCUGCUGUCCAAUGAAACUAAAGGCCCAUCUGUCCAGGUUCAAAGGUCACAGCUCACGACCAUGAUAGAAACGGUAGAGUCAGCGCGUCUGAGACUAUACAAAAAUCUGGAGAUCAACAACCAAGAAAAGUUAGAACAACCCCUCAUCUUCACCGGCCUCUAUGCUAAGACCAAACCUCAUCGCUAUGACAACAAGCCAGUUGAUAUCAUGGAUGUGUGCAGUGGAAAGAUAGAACAUCUCAACCUGAAACAUAUAGCUAAAUUAGAAUCCAAACUCUUCACCUUGAACCAACAACUCAAGACACUCCACCAAACACUGAAGACCUGCUGGUCACCUGACUGCCAUGCCCUACAGCAGUUGACCAAUCAGCAUCUUCCAUCGGCUGUCAAUCAGAGAUUGUCCAGCCUUCUUAAACACGCUGAGAGACAGCUGGUUGAAUGCUGCCAGGACUUGGUGUCACUGUCGAUUUUGGUGCCAGCAGCUCCAUGGCCUUUACUGAGUAAAUCUGUUAUACCUGAAAUCAAGAUUGAUGAUGUCAUGACUGCCCUUCCAACUUUCCCAAGAAAUAAACAACAGCAGGUGAAGUCUGUGAUUGAUGCAGUGAUCAAGGCAAGCAACUACUCGAGAAGAGUCUCCAAAAUGGAGGCGAAGGCUUGUGUAGAAGAGUUGAGAUUCCACCAAGCCCUCUAUGAUGUUCAGUUUAAGUACAUGGAUUCACUCUAUGCUGCUGUAAGAGAAGCAUAUAUGAUGUUUGAAGACAGUAUUCAGAAGACAUUGUGUGACCCAAUGAAAGAAGUUAUGUCAUCGUUUGAGAGGUUGAAGCAGACCGCAUCGGAGGAGGCCUUGAGAGAGUUUUUGACAUCUUUCAAGCUCCACAAAUCACAAUUGGAAACGGCCGUUGAAGGUCUGACACAGACUCGAGGGCAGGGAGCGGAAGCCAUAUCCGAGCACGGAGACCAGUUCCUGGAUGCUGUCAAAGCAGUAGCCGAGAAGACGGCCAAGGAGAGGGACCGGCUGGCUGAAGAGCUGGAGGAAGUCAAGAGAAUGAGAGAUCAGCAUCUCAUGGAAGGAAUGGAGGUUUUAAGGGUCGCUAAACCCGAAGAGGAAUCAGCUGGGAAUGGAUCUGAAGCUAUGGAUAAUAGAGAAAAGAAGAGUUGACAGAGGACCACUUAAAUAUUAUUUGUGCAAUAUAUGGAAGCGUUGUGGUGUAGCAGUUCAGACUCUCGCCUUAUUAAUAGAGGGUUGUGUGUUUGAAUCUCACUCCAGUCUAGUGUUCUUUGGCACGGUGUCAAUCCAUACUUUGCCACUCUCCACCCAGGUGUUAAAUGGGCACCUGGUAGGAUGCAAAAAGCCUAUGUAGUGUGCCUAGCAAUCAAGUCUUGGAACUCUUCUUGGAAUGCUCCCUUGGGAGCACAAUAGCAUAUAUUGCGUGCAGCAAAGAUCCGAUGACUGGGGUGAUAACGAUUAUAAUCUAAAGCCCUUCCUGAAUUAAGUGUUAUAUAAAUAUAACUAUUAUAUAUGUUUUGUUAUGUUUUAAAAAUAAUCAAAGUUUUCAUUACAACUAGGUAUUUAGGCCUACCCCUUCACUUUGAUAGAGUGUCUCUGAUGGUUCCAUGGCAUGACUCCUGCGAUGAUUGUUUCUACAGAAUAUCCACUCAUCAAGCCAAGCAUAAAUCCUAACCUCAAACCGGUUAACCCUGAUCCUCGCUUUAUUCUGAACAUAACAACAAGGACCAACUUACUUCAGGGAAAUUAGCAGAGGAGCAAUUGUGGCAGGAGCAAAUGUUGCAUUACCAUCUCGGAUAUUGAAUACAUAGCAGAUAUGGGAAAAUAAAACCCUUCAAAAUUAGGGAAAUAUAGGCCUACAUGUAUGUAUCAGCAUGCAAAAUGUGUAAGUAAUACCAUCUUUUUGCAGUGACAAGGGCAAUAAUAUAUUUUUUACUCAGAAUUUCCUGCAUUUUAUUGCCUUAAACAAGUGGUGUAGAUAAAGUAUGAAACUUUGAAUUAAUAUCAUAUUUUUAGGCCUCAUUCAAAAUGAGUCACAAAGAUAUUUGUAUGUUUAUCUUCUAAAUGAAUGUAGAAUAUGUAAAACCUGUGUGUGAUACAAACUUUGCCUGAUUUUUUUUUACUAAAGCAAUGAGUAAUCCAUUUUCAUAUUGCAAGAUAAUUUUAUUAGAAAGCAGAUUGCCCUUCUUCCAAAAAUUAAAUGAAGUGCAAGAUCUACAGCCAGUUGCAAAAAGAUAAAUGUUUCAAAUGCAACUUAAAAAAAAAUCAAACAGAAGAUCCAAGUAUGCACUUCUGAUAUGUUUAAAAUCAAGUUGCCAUUGAUUUUUAUAUCAACUGCGAUCGGUUGCAACUCUUUUCUGCCACAAGUCUUUGGGAAAGAUAUUGAUUUGUAAGAUGACUAAUUUCAAAUUACUUUGCUUAUAUUUUGCUGGUCAUUGGCUGAUUACCCAUUUUCAACCAGACUUAUUUGGCACAUAUGUGUUUUCUUUCACAAUGUCCCAAAGAUAACUUCGGGAGAAUCAUGCUAACUUCGGGAGAAUCAUGCUUACGCCUGCGCAGCCCCAAUAUUGUACAAUGGCUUGCCAUAUGUAAUUAGAUCUUCUCCAUUAGUAGAAAUGUUCAAACUUAGACUAAAACAGUAUCUUUUCAAUUAAUUUCCAUACAAACUUUUUAUUUCCCUUUCUGUUAAAAG